UACUCAUACUUUCAUUAUACAUAAACACAAAACAAAACAAAGGAGGAGAGAUAAGAUAGAGAGAUAGGAAGAAAGAUUUUUCUAUCAAUGGCAAUAGAACAAACACUAAUAUCAACGAGAAACCUCUUCGUUUCAACUCCAAAAAACCAUCUUUCAAACGCUCUAAUCCCCGUCACUAAGCAUUAUUGUUUUAACCAGCCCUCGCCUUCGCCCUCGAAAUUAAAUUUGAAAUGUUCGUUUGAUUACAAAGACCAUAACUACAGUCAAGUGGCCUACCCGAAACCGCAAGAGAUUCCCUGGAGGAAGGACCUUACUAAUACGGUGCAGCUUAUUGGCGUGGUUGGGACCGCCGUGGAAAUUAAGCACCUUCCCUCUGGUAAAGUCGUCGCCUGGACCCGUCUCGCCGUCAAAAAAUCGGCCACCGAUACUACCUGGAUUAAUUUGACCUUCUGGGAUGAGCUGGCCCAUGUUGCAUCUCAACAUGUAGAGAAAGGCAACCAAAUAUAUGUCUCUGGUCGGCUGGUUUCGGAUAUGGUUGAAAGUGAUGAAGGAAAACAGCAGACCUAUUAUAAGGUGGUUGUACAACAACUGAAUUUUAUUGAGAGGAGUUUCCCAUCAGUGGCGUCAUAUGAUCGUGAAUCUAAUUUCAUGGCAGCAGGCAAAAAGCUUGGCAAUAAUUCUGGAAAUAAUACGGGUUCCAUUGAAGAGCUAUGGCAGGCCUUUUUUGCUAAUCCAGUGGAUUGGUAUGAUAAUAGGAAGAACAAGAGAAAUCCCAAGUAUCCAGAUUUCAAACACAAAGAUACCGGUGAAGCUUUGUGGGUAGAAGGCAGGUACAACCCACCCUGGGUGAAGUCUCAGCUAGCAAUACUGGAUACCAGAAUGGGCACUCUACAUAACGACGAUUCUAGAAUGCAUGUACAUUUUAUGGCUGCCGACGAUGUCAUGCCUUUUUGAUAGCUUAUUAUCUUGAUUUCCCAACACCAUUACCAUUUCAGCAAGUAAUUUCGAGCUCCGUACUCAAUUUUUUGCUUGAUGUUAUUUUCCAUUUGUCUCAAUAUAGGCUUUGCUUUGUGUAGAUUCUCGUUGCAUCAUUUUCUAACAUCCGUUUACUUGUAAUUUAUUUGAGCUUUUGAAUCUGUGUUGACA